GCUCGCUCGCUCUCUCUCAGUGUGUGUGUAUGUGUGUGUUGUCAUUAUUAUUAUCCAGUCUGCUCCCAGCUCAGAAUGGCCAGAUUCACUCAGACUGAGACAAGAACGGAACAGCACCCACAGCCGCCCCAUCCCGCAUACUCCAGCCUGCUUUUCACUGGACCCGGGGCAGCACCGACCCAACAUCCACUCGUCCUUAUCCCGCACCAGCACCAGUACGCUCAGUUCCCAUUUCCUAAACCCAUGAACGGGUCAGAAUCCAUCUCCAUUCAUCCGGAGAACGGCACCAUGAAAGACCAAGAUGCCAUAAAACUCUUUAUCGGGCAAAUACCGCGAAACCUUGAAGAAAAAGACCUAAAGCCCCUAUUUGAACAGUUUGGGAAAAUCCACGAAUUGACAGUACUAAAGGACCGCUACACCGGCAUGCACAAAGGCUGCGCAUUCCUCACCUACUGCGCCCGCGAGUCGGCCAUCAAAGCCCAGAACGCCCUCCACGAACAGAAGACGCUGCCGGGGAUGACCCGACCCAUCCAGGUGAAGCCAGCUGACAGCGAGAGCCGUGGAGAAGACAGGAAGCUGUUCGUCGGGAUGCUGAACAAACAGCAGACCGAAGACGACGUUUAUCGUCUUUUCGAGCCAUAUGGCAUCAUCGAGGAGUGCACCGUGUUAAGAGGUCCCGAUGGAAAUAGCAAAGGCUGUGCCUUUGUAAAGUUCUCCACACACGGCGAAGCUCAGUCUGCAAUCAGCGCCCUGCAUGGCAGCCAGACCAUGCCAACUGGCUCCGAUUCUCUCCUCCCUCAGGGUGCCUCGUCCAGCCUGGUGGUCAAGUUUGCGGACACGGACAAGGAGCGCACCAUCCGCCGCAUGCAGCAGAUGGUCGGCCAGUUCGGCAUCUUCAAUCCUGCUAUCGCCUUGCCGUUCAGCACAUACAGCACCUACGCACACGCGCUGAUGCAGCAGCAAGCCGCCCUAAUGGCCGCCAGUCACGGAGGCUACCUGGCACCCAGCGUGGCCUUUCCCACCACCCAGAUACACCAGAUGGGGGCGCUCAACAUCAACAGCCUGCCGCCCACCCCCAUGACCCCGGUGUCGGGUGAGUUUCAUCAUUCACUGGGCCUCAGCUCACCACCUGCCAACAUCACCACAUCAGCGGUCCCCAGCAUCGUCACUCCAAUCGUCAAUGGUUUUACAAGCAUCCCUCACCAGCCCAACGGACACCCCGCGGUAGAGGCUGUGUACACCAACGGUUUGCCCCCUUACUCCACCCAAAGCCCCACGGCUGCGGACACCCUACAACAGGCCUUUACCGGAGUGCAGCAGUAUACAGCCAUCUACCCAGCGACCACACUGACCCCUAUUGGCCAAAGUUUGCCACAACCACAGCAAGUCAUUCAACAGCAGCAGAGAGAAGGACCAGAGGGCUGCAACCUCUUCAUUUACCAUCUACCGCAGGAAUUUGGCGAUAAUGAGCUCAUGCAGAUGUUUCUUCCAUUUGGCUCAGUUAUCUCCUCCAAGGUCUUCAUGGACAGAGCCACCAACCAGAGCAAAUGUUUCGGUUUCGUCAGCUUCGACAACCCAGCAAGUGCGCAGGCUGCGAUCCAGGCCAUGAACGGAUUUCAGAUCGGCAUGAAGAGAUUGAAAGUGCAGUUAAAGCGGCCGAAGGAUGCAAGCCGCCCGUACUGACAGGGCCAGACAUACACAGACUCCCAGCAACAGCACAGGAUUUGAAGAGUGAAAACUGGAAAGGUAUUAAACUUUUUCUUUAAAAACAAACAAGAAAAACAAGAAGGGAUUUUUUUGAAGACAUAUCAGCAUUUAUUUUUCGAAGAGGUUUGGUGGAGAUUUGCAGGCGGGCACCCGUGGACUAAAAAAACACAGUCGGCACCGUGCACGAAAGACGAGAGGAAGAUUUCUCGAACGACGGAGAACCGGACACGUCCUCUUCCGCUGAGCCUCGAAGCGUUAGUCAAGAAACAAACGAAAAGAAAAAAACGAGCAAGAACAACUUUCUUUUUUCUAUAUACAUAUUAUACACGCAUACGUUAUUUAAAGGAAGAGGCGCGUACGGCUUUUAUCACACUGGACAAAUGAGGGUUAAACUUGAAGACCAAGGAAAAAUGCAGUGGAAAAAAAAGCUCUUCUUUCCCACUAGUGGACUUUCUCUUUGUCUUUUUUCCUCUUUCCUUUCUUCUAUCAUCAUGUCUUUCAGCAAACGCAGGACUUUCUGUGCUCGCCGAGGUUUCCCUCGGUGAAACGCUUUCACCCCCAAGGGACCAAAGGACCAAACAUUUUUAUCCUCAACAGAAAUAUAUGGUAUUGUUAAUAACUGCUAAUACUACAAACUACUACUAACGACUAAGUUUAAAGAAAAAAGCAUAAAUAUUCGCUUCAGGUCGGACGAGGAAAGGGAUUUUGAUUUCUUUUCCUUUUACAUUUAUAGUUACUGGGUUUCAAAAUAUUUAAAGAAAAUAGUAGAAAAACGAAUACAAAAAAAAAGAUUUUAAAAGCUAUACUAUUUUAGUGGAGUAGAAUAUGUUGAUUGGAGAGUGUUAGGAGCAUGUUCAGCCAUUUUUCAUUCAUUAAGGAGGACACUGGGGAGGGUGGGUAUAAGGGGUUAUACAGCAACUGUCCAUUACUCAUUAUUUUGCUCUGAGGUUACUCGGAUAUCAAAAAUAGGCCCACAUUCCAGAAAACAAAUGUUGAUAUAGCUAUAUAUACAUAUAUAUAUAUAUUUAUAUAUGCAUGUGCAAAUAACGCUGGUUCAGCAAAAACUCGGGUAGGCAUUCACGUACGCAACCACAUUUAUCUGACGAAAGCUUCACUUAUUGAGUACCUGUGGCUUAUAUAUAAACUAAUAUAACAGCUGUAGCCACUGCACAGGUCAAUAAUUACAGCAAAAAAGUACUGACAUUGUUCGUUUUCGCAAUUCUUAUUUUUUUAGUGCCCUUAAUCGGAUGUAAAAAGAUCCACUAUACACCCAAAUUUACUGUGCAAGGGACCAGCAGAGCUUUUCAUAUCAUUUUUUUAACCAUCUUUCCAUCGACUUCCAUCUAAACACAUACCGGUUGGUGCCAAAUGCUUGAUAUCAACUAUUAAAGCACACUGUUAAAUAGACCAAGCAGUUACAAAGAUACCAAGCCUUAAACCUUUAAAAGGUUAUUUACACUCCACAAUCCGCCCUGGCGUAGUGGCUUACAAGCGACUCAAAAGGGAUUGCUUACAAUUUCUGAAGCACAUCAGAAUUUUACAGGGACCAUCUUGCAGCAAAACAAUUCCAAGAAAUAAACAUCGCCUCAGAAAUAUGCACAACCGAUUACGCAUUUUUCACAGCCAGAGUCGUUUCGCUAAUAAACUAGUUUAAGAUGCCGACCAUAAACUCCCCUCCACUCGAAUGCGCGCCAAAAGCGUGUGAAGUGUGCAAACUAAUGAUAUUUCUAAGAAUACGCAUCUCAGGCUGGUAUGGAUUAGCGAGACACUUACUGUCUUUGAAGGCCUAAUGAGCAGACUGUUUAACAGCUUACCAACAGCUUGCAAAUAGCAGCCAUGGGGGUUUACAUUUGGAGCAAACUGAUCCAUCAAUAAAAAAGCUACUGAGUCUGACAUUAUGGUGUACUUAACCACAGAUGUUGGUGUCACAAAUAUAACGCAACUAACUCUUUUGCGUCGAGGCAAACGAGAAUGACAAGAAUUUUAAAGCUGCCAUCUGUAACUUUGGCCUCUCUAUCGCCAUCUCUGUUUGAAACAUAAAAAUGCAGUUUACUUACGCGCUUAUCUUUACAUCGAAUGGCGUCAAACUGACAAAAAAUCGUGCCUGACAGCUGAAAUUAUAUUCAUUAUUUUAAAGUUACCUUUGUGAAUCUUGGUUGGGGGGCUUUUUAUGUACUUGCUCAAUAAAAAGUUACGGAUUGUGGCUUUAAAGGA